AUGUACAACAUCAUUUUUUCAGAGAAGAAUAGCAACAAUGAAGAGGGCUUCAUCGCAGAGAAGGAUUAUCUGUACUUGUUGAACUACCUGGAGGAGUAUAUGCCGUUGCCCAAGCAACUCUACGCUGCGUUUGAGGAAUGCAUGAUUCCGAUGGCGGGACUGCUGUCGAACUCGCAGUUUAUCACGUGGGUGCGUCAGUACCCAGACGUCAUGGAGUUCCUUGCCAUUCAUCUCCCGUCUUCUCCACUACCAGGGAAUCCCUUGAACAACAGUCCGUCGUGUCGAAAUGAUCCGAAUCGGAAUCCGUUUAGAAGUUCUUUCGACUUUAUUGGAGGCGAAGACAGCGGUGACGAAGACUCGGAUGGACUCUACGACUCCGAUCAUCUAACUGAGAUGGAGAUGUCUCAGAGCUCCUAUCGCGAUAGCUCCAGUUCGCUGAACGGGAACGAUGAACUGACGAGUAUUUUGAAGGAGGUUGGAGCCGUACAGGAUGAGAAUACUGAGCGUACAAGUGACGUGAGUCAAAGUGGCCAACGCCAAGGUCGCGCUGGAGUCUCUCGCUCGCGUGGCGUUCAGAAGAUGGGAAGAUACAUGGGCAAAGCUGUCGGUGGCGGUAUCUCUAAAGUCGGUCAUGUGGGGAGGAGCAUCUUGCACGUUGGCAAGUCCCAAGCCAACAAUCAGCACUCUGGAGAUCACCAUAACGACGAUCCUGCAGCAGUCGAGCUGCUUUCCGCUGGUUACUCCUUCUCGUCCGAGUCUCAAAGCACCAAAAAGUAUGUUUGUGGCUACUUGCACAAGAUCAGUGACAGUAAAUGGGGCAAGAAGCGAUCGUGGCACCGAAGAUGGUUCGUUCUGGAUCGCCAGCGUGGUGUGCUCUCGUACUACCGACACAACCCAGCCAAUCACAUGCCUACGUCAUCUCAAGGCAAUAUCGUGCACAUGGCGGACUCCCCCCAAAGUAGAACACACCGGGACGAACAGACGCUGCUGUAUCUGAGUGAAGCCCAUCCAUGGUAUCGCGGUGCGUUGGAUCUAAACAUGGACAACGUGUCGCUGCUGUUCGAGAAGAAUCUCGCGAGAAAUGCCCCGACUCGCUAUUUCUUCCAGGGCUCGACGCUUUCUCUGCACGAUAUCGAUUCGAAGCGUGGUGUGCAGUACAAGUUGUGUGCAGACACCGAGACAGAUUUUGAUCUCUGGACGUCUGCGAUAGCCGAGGCCAUUAACCGGAAAGACUCGCACGACGGGAAAGCGAGUAGUGGCGCCCCGGUCCUCUCACACCAACAGCUCUAUCGACAGCGUCUUCUUCAGAAACAAAUGGAGGAGCAAGCAGCGCAGCAACGCGAAUCGGAGAGAGCAGAGGCGGAUAAUGAGCAUGACUCUCCACCUCCAACGCUCGGACGAAAGAUCCCUCCUCGAAUCGUGACACAGUUCUCCUCUGCAACCGACAGUAGAGUGCCGGACGCUUCAUGUUGGCAUCUGCACAUUCACGUGGAUGGAACCAAGCAGUGUCUCAUUGUGGGCUUUAUGCUGAACAUCGUGGCGAUACGUUGCCUUGCCAGCGAGCAUGUGUUGUGGAAGGUGUUCGUCUGUCUCGCUGUCUCGGGGAUGUUCAUCGCCAGCAUCUACAACCCGAGGCCAGCGCAUCGUCCUCGUCACGGGAGCAUGGCAGGAAGCUUCUCAGACUUGACUGGUGGCAUCGAUACUGCUUUACUUGGGACGGACAUUGCGCAAUGCAGCAAUCCAGAGAACUGUUGUCUACACAAGGAUUCGAGUCCGACGGGGUCAGAGAGAGACAGCAAUGAGAGUAACUGUGCAGAAGGAGCAGGCGAGGGCAGACGACGUUGCAGUGGCGUCGGCAAUCGACGCUUUGCCAAGUUCGCUAUGGGCAGCACCAUGAGUCAAUGCAAGAUGCAGCCAAACGGACGGUCGAGUAACGUGGAACAUUCGUGGACGACCACAAGUGCUGAAAUGUUCACAGUUCGCAGCUCCGACUACAAGAAGUCGCGGAAGAAAGAGCCUUCGAAGGCAGCGCUCUUCGAGUUUAUCGGCGCAGAUCUCGUUUGCACCGAGAGCAAAGUGGAUCUCAUCUCCCAGCGCGUCGAGUUUCCGCCCGAACAUGAGAACAGUCGACUCUUCAUCAUCAACGCUCAGCUCCCGUCGUACGGGCCGAGCGUGUGGGGAGAUGGCUCCUACGAUGGACCAGGCUACAGCUUGGCUCUCUACUGGAAGAUCCCAGACGAAAUCGUCGAGGAGUUAAAGAACCCGACGACGACAACUCUAAAGCUCUUUAAGCGGUUCUUGGAGGCUGGUGAUGACACGUCGCUAACCGAUCGCUUCAAAGUCAUCGCGCAAGUGACCAACCAAGACGAGUGUGGCAUCACAGGCAUGGCCAAGAAGCUACUGGUGAGCCACAACGCAACCCCAGUGCUCACACGGCCUCAGCACCGCAUUUACCACUUUAAGAACGGCACAACGGAGAUCGUUGUCGAUGUUCAUGCGUUCUCGUACAUCGCGCGUCGCGGCAUCCACUCGCUGAUCGAUAAGACGGCGCGCCUGGUGAUCGACGUCGCCUUUGUCAUCCAGGGCGAGACGGAUGAGGAACUGCCCGAACAGGUGCUCGGCUGCUGUCGCCUCGACCGCGUUAACAUACAGAAGGCGGUUGAUUUGCCGUAG